AUGGCCGUCAAACACAUUGUUGCCCUUCGCUUCAAGCCCAGCGUCCACUCAGCCACCAUCGCAGAGGCAACAAUACAGGCAUUCCAGCGACUGCUUGCAUUGAAGGACGGUUGCAUUCUUCCUACUACGAACAGACCAUAUAUCCAAUCGAUCUCAGGGGGGCAAGAUAUGUCUAUCGAAGGGCGCCAGAAUCUCUUCACUCAUGCCUUUGUGGCGGAGUUUGAUAGUGUGGAAGAUCGCGAUUACUAUGUUCGGGAGGACCCUUACCACGCUGAGUUUGCACGGAGCUUGCAGCCACUUAUUGAGGAUGUGCAGGUCUUGGAUUUUAUUGUUUGA